UUUUAUUUCACAAAUUAUUUCAACUUUACAAAAUUUGGUUUUGUAAUUUGACUUUUUUUCAUCUUUAAAAUGGUCACAGGAAAUUCUCAACAAAUUCUGGUCGAUUAUUCUAAACGACCAGAUUUGAAUGAUCAAAUCAACGGAUCGAUUGAUAUUAAAUUCAUUAUAAAACGAUUAAAAUUAAAAGGAUGGAAAAUAAACAUAAACAAAGAAAGCCUGACUGAAGAUUUGAUUAACAAACAUCGAAUUUUAGUGUUGUUUAUGCCGCAACUGAAAUUUGCCGAUUUCGAAUUCACUGCAUUGAAACAAUAUUUGGAAAAUGGUGAUGGUAAAAUCCUGGUACUUCUGGAGGAAGGUGGUGAACGAAAAUCAUCUAGUAAUAUAAACUAUUUCAUUGAAGAAUAUGGAACUUCAGUUAAUAAUGAUAAAGUGAUAAGGACAUCGUUUUAUAAAUAUUAUAAUCCAAAAGAGGUAUUGAUUCAAGAUGGCGUCAUCAAUCGUUCAUUGAUUAAUCAUGCUUUACAAUUCAAUUUGAUUCAAUCACAAAAUGUCUCACAAUCAUCAUUAUCGUAUCUGUAUCCAUUUGGAGCCACAUUGAAUGUAGCCAAGCCAUCGUUACCGGUUCUAUCUUCAGGUAAAACAUCAUUUCCUCCAUGUCGUCCUACUUGUUCAUUUUAUGAACACGAAGGCGAUAAUAAUAGAGAAGGUGGAAGGAUGAUUAUCUUUGGUUCUGGACAUGGAUUCACAGAUAAAUAUAUCAACAAAGAAAACAAUGUCAUCUUGUUUGAUUUAUUUUUAAAUUAUUUGCAAGACAAACAAUUCAAACUAAAUAUGAUUGAUUCAUUGAAUCCAGAAAUCAAUGACUAUCAUGUUGUACCGGAUUUAGAAUCAUUAUGUAAUGAUCCAAUGUUAUAUCUGGAAGAGAGUGAAGAAUUACCGAUCGAUUAUUCAACAUUAUUUUCAAGAAAAAUCAAAAAAAUUUCUAAUCUUUCUUUAGCUACUAUUAAUGGAACAUUCAAUGAGCUACAGAUUGAAAAACGAACAUUACAGGUGAUCAAACCACAUUUUGAAACACCACUUCCAGGUUUACAACCAGCCGUAUAUAUGCCGAUAUUUCGUGCACAUACGAAACCGGAAUUGGAAUUAUUUGAUUUGGAUAAUGAAUUUGCAUCGGUUCAAAGUAAACUAGCCAAAUUGGCUAAUAAAUGUAACAAUAAUGAUGUUGAAUAUUUUAUUUGUGAAUCUGGCCUAAUUUUUGGCCUAGAUAUGGCCAAUUUGAAAGAGAAAAAUGUUUGCAAACAUAUCCUAUAUAUGGUUGCAAGUAAGAUUGUUUCAUUCAAAAAGAUUAAUAAUGAUUAAUUAUUACAUAUAACAUUGAUUAUUUAGUUUGCACAUUUAAUUUAUUGAAAAAGUAUAGC